AAAUUUUCCCGCCCACAUUCAUGGCGCGAAAACUGACAAGAUCCCGUUGAAACGAUCCUGUUUUUCUCGAUUAGCACCGGAUUCUUUUUUGUUCGACGGAACCUGUUGCUCAAAUCGGCCGUUGUGCGGGUCUCUCCUGUUUUUUCGUUCGAAAUGUCUACCACGGUGUCGGCCCACCCAUCCUUAUCAACGCGCCCCAAGGUGUUUGAAUCCAAGUUGAAGACCACCAAUUGGGGCCAAACCUUUCCUGUAGACCUUCAAACCCGGGAAACCAGUCUGAAGUUAGUCAAGAAAUUGGUAGCUGUGGGCGUGUCCACCGUUUUGUAUUUGCGCUCCAACAUACCAGAGAGUGCAUUUAACAAAUGUGAAGUGGACGGUCUGAAUCUACGGAUCUUGAACGCAGCUUCGGAUAGUCGUCCAGCCCAACAGAUCACCUCUAGGGUCCGAAACGCUGUCGAAGCCAUUGAGAAAGGUUAUCUAGCUAGGCUGACUUUGGCAAUUUACAAAGAAUCUCAACGUGCCGAAGAUGCUCAUGAGACAUACAAUUUCGAUUUUGAGUACAUGGGUUCGGAUAAGGCCCCGAGAAUGGCCUUUCUAUCCAAGGCGGACCUGUUCCAAGAGGAGAACGCCAUAUUUUCGGACACCCGUCACAUGUUCCGCCGCAUCAUUCUCCUUACACAACACUUGCCACCGUUGCCUUUGGGCAUGUACAUUACCAUCUUGUUAACUUACAACGAUGAAGCCCCCGAGGAUUAUAAUCCUCCAGGUUACACAACGGGGAACCUGGAGUUCAAGGUCGAAAAGGAAACCGAACCAUCAGUCAUGGGGACGGUUACCAGCCGACACCAUAAACUCCAAACCAAGGUUCAUUCGCGGGAUUUGAUGGAUUAUGAGUCACCGAGUUCUGAUCAGAAAGUCGAAGCGAGGGCGAAAAAACGACCUCGGGACGCGAACAUAUCGUCUCAGGGUAGUGUUCCCCCCUCGCCAUCUUCUAAGGUCGCCUUAUUAGUUGCAACUCAACUGACUUCCGGAUUGGAACCAGGGGCCAAAAGCAUUUUAUCUAACACACAACCAUCUCAAGACUUGAGUCACCGUAUUGAGACCAACAGGGACGCCAUCAAUGUAGUUUCGGCCUCUUGGGAACCCGAGUUAUUGGGAUCAGAUGUGCCUCAAACCCCGGUGAGGCCCAACAAAAGACCACGAGGAGCUACGGUCAUGGCAAGUGAAGUGAAAGACGACCCGCCUCAGGAAAUUUAGUGCAAUCCUGACCCGAAAUCUCAAACCUUGGUCAUAUCAUACUACAAUGUUUUUGUUAUCCGCGUUUAACUGAACCUUACCUUUUCUCCAGAAAUCGAAUCCUCCAUUACCGUGAUCGAAACAAUUCCCGUGUUGAAAUAAAUCAAACUUAUUUUACCGUU